AUGGAUACUGUUUUGGAGAUUUUCGAUUACUUGUUUCUUGACAGGUUGUAUGCUGCAGCAUUCCCGAAAGAUGGCCAAGUUGCUGCAUCCGUUACUCAAUUCAUGAAUGCUCAUAAGAGUCCGUUUGAUACUUUUUCAACUGUCAAUUCUACAAUGGUGCUGACAAAUUCAGUGCCUUUUCCAUUGCAAGCAGCUGCAAAGAUGUUUGGCAGUCUUCGUAAUAACAACGAAGUUUAUGGUAAGGUUCCUGGCUAUUUGCCGUAUAGUAACUUGGCAGAUGCUUCUUUUCUUUCGAGGUCAAAUAUCGUGAGACAAGCUCUCUCCCUUCUCGUCAUUACUACCAUCUUUGGCUGGUUAUUGUAUCUCAUAGUUGCCACACUUUCAUAUAUAUUUGUUUUCGACAAAAAUAUCUUCAAUCACCCAAGAUAUUUGAAAAAUCAAAUGUCUCUUGAAAUAGAGAGGGCCAUGACAGCAAUUCCCAUCAUGGUCUCAUUGACAUUACCAUUUUUCCUAUUGGAAUUGAAAGGAUACUCGAGACUUUAUAUGGAAGUGAACGAAUCUACAGGUGGAUGGAAAGCACUUGUCUUUCAAAUUCCAGCAUUCAUCUUGUUUACUGACUGUGGAAUUUACUUCAUUCAUAGAAUUUUACACUGGCCCUCAGUGUACAAAAAGCUUCACAAGCCACAUCAUAAGUGGAUCGUUUGUACACCAUUUGCAUCUCACGCAUUCCAUCCAGUUGAUGGCUGGGCCCAAUCUAUUCCAUAUCACAUUUAUCCUUUGAUAUUUCCUUUGCACAAGGUAUCAUAUAUACUUUUGUUUACCUUUGUCAAUUUCUGGACUGUCAUGAUCCAUGAUGGCCAGUAUUUGUCCAAUGAUCCCGUUGUCAAUGGUACUGCGUGCCAUACCGUACACCAUUUGUACUUCAACUAUAAUUAUGGCCAGUUUACCACCUUAUGGGAUAGACUUGGAGGAAGUUACAGAAGACCAGACGAUUCCCUAUUCGUGAAGCAGGAUGUAGCAGAGGAGAAGAAACUCUGGGAAUCACAAACACAAGGAAUGGAAGAGAUUAGAGGAAAAUUAGAGGGUAAUGACGAUUUCAGAGAAUAUAUAUAA